CAGGCCGCAUGCUGCGUGCUGAUUACUGCUUUGAGUUUCACUUCCCUUUCUUUCAAACAGGAAGCCACAAAUCUCAGGAGAACCUUCCAGUCUCCAAACUGGGGCUGCUCGAUACAUGAAACAGAACAGCUAACACCACAUGUAAGCUCAAUCCAACUCUUAAAAAACAGAUACAGAACAAUGGCAGUGACAACCAGAUUGACAUGGAGUGAGGAGAAAAGUCUGCAGAAGAUGCCUGGGAAUGUGUCCUUGAGACUUCUUUAUAAAUCUAGUGUCCAUGACAGUAACAUUUCUGGAAUUGAGGAUGAUAUGAACUACAUAAACCAGAUAACAAGAGCCACGAAGCACAGAAAUCCACUUCUAGCCGAACUCAGAGCCUACAAGCCCUGUGUAGACUUUAUUUCAGAAGUUCGUAUUCUCUUGCUGGGUCCAUCUGGGUCUGGAAAGUCUAGUUUUAUCAAUUCAGUGAAGUCUGUUUUCCGAGGCCGGGUGACUCACCAAGCCACAGUGACGUCUGAUGUCACCAGCAUUACUGGACAGCUGUCCAGACAGAGCAGCUACACUCAGCCUCAGUCCUUGUACAGGUUCUACAAACAGUACAGGACAUAUUCCAUUAAGGAUUUGAAGGAUGGCAACACCCGACUGUUUAUUCUGUGUGACUCAAUGGGGCUGGGUGAGAAGGAAAAAGGGUGCGUGGAUGACAUAGUCUACAUCUUAAAAGGCCACAUUUCUGACAGAUACCAGUUUAAUUCCACGAAACCAAUCAUACCAGGUCAUAGUAACUAUAUUGAUUACCCAUUGCUGAAGGACAGAAUCCAUUGUGUGGCAUUUGUGUUCGACAUCAACUCUGUUGAAUACCUCUCUUGUGACAUGACAAAGAUCAAAAAAAUUCAAAGGGAGUUGAUAAAGUGUGGUGUAGCACAUGUGGUUUUGCUCACUCAUGUGGAUAGAAUGGAUCUGAUUACAAGAGGUGACCUUAGAGACAUAUACAGAUGUAUGCCUGUGAAGCUCAAGUUAGAGACCGUCCACAGAGAACUUGGAUUUGCUCUUUCUAACAUCUUGGUGGUUAGUAAUUACACUUCAGAGUGGGAGUUGGACCAUAAAGACAUUCUGAUCCUCUCUGCACUGAGACAGACGCUGUGGGCUGCAGAUGACUUCUUAGAGGAUUUGCCUCUUGAGAAAACAGGUAGAUGCAUUUGGUGGUAUCGACAUUUGAAGGUGUCCUGUAUGGCUAUUCCUGCUUGGAUCUAUUGGGCAGGUCCCUUGAAAGCACUACAUAUGGCUUACAAAGUAGCAUUUUUGGUCCACCAACCAUCAUCUUCCAUAAAAGCCUGA